AUGUCUCGCCGGACAUUCUUCCCGACCGGUGUUGGGAAAUGGGUGCCCUUCGAAUCCCGGGUCCCUCACCCUCAGCGGCGAACCUCAAAACCGGGCACCACUCGCACGGGCAUGGGCAGAAGCGGGAUAAACUACGUGCGACAGGCCCCUCAUCGCAACAUGGCCGACGAUGAAGAGGCGGCAGCAAAACGAGAGAAGGUGCAGAAGCGGAUGCGCACCCAGGUCGACGGAUGGGGCGGACACGGAUCCGGCCCGAGCUCGCAAUCCCCGCCUGUAAAGCUUCAUCGCCGCUACAUGUGUGAAAAGCCGAGAAAUGAUCUAGACGAUCGUUUGGAAGGGAUGAUGUGCGAAGGGCGUAGCUCGCGAUUUCCCUCAAAGUCACAUCUCAACUAUGGACAACAACAUUCGGCUCCGAGUUGCGAUGAGCUUCAAACUGUAAAUACAAGAGCCCAAGCCAUUGCCCGAAAGAUCAUUAAACUCAAAGAGAGUCAACCGAUAAACUGGGAAGAUGAGGUCGAUAAACUCGAAGACAUGCAAGUGGCGCUUGAGGAAGAGCGUUUCGAUUUGAUGCGAAAUGGGUUGCCCGGACCUUCAUCGCACCCCACUCGAGGAAUAAAGCCAAGUCGUGCGAACUCGUCGAACACAAAGUACCGUCGGGAACACGAAAAACAUGCCGAAUCGCGCUCAAAUAGGCACCGACAAGCGGAGAGUGAUCCAGAGUCGGAACUCUCAUCACAUAGUGAAGAUCGCCCCAGAAUCAGCAGCAAGAAUAGGAAGGAGCCAAGCCAAACGACGAAGCAACUUCCGACGGUCGAUCAGGUUGAAGCUUUGAAGAGCCGGAUGGCGGCGUUCAUGAAGAAGCUACCACCAGCUGAAAAAGUGAAGAGUCCACUACCAGCUUACCGCACUCCCGGCACUUCUCAAUUCUCCAGCACGCGCUCCCCAGAAUCGGAUCCAUACAUGACUCCACGUCAGCAGUUCUCCCUCGAGCUUGGGGACCGGGCUCCCAAUGCGAUUCUUCCACCUACGCCAGCGCGAGUUGGGUGCAAGACGACUGACUUUGGUUAUCAGGGAAGCGACUUGUUCUACUUCGAUCCGGCGCAAGUGGCUAGACGAAUCGUGACGCAUGUCCCAUAUCUUCCACUAGUCGAGGCUAGACGUGGCAGCAGCUAUAUUGACACCUGUACGGGGAUGAUCGACGAGCGUUUGUCGAAUGCUGAACUCCGAAUGUGGGGAGAGAACUUGUACAAAUCUGCAUCCACCGAAAUGCACGACAAAACAUCGUUGUUUGAGCUGGAUGAGGAUGAUGAAUGUCUCGACGAAGCGGAUCUGUUCGGUUCACCAAGUACGCCGGGUACGCCAGGGACGCCAGAGGCCGGACGGUAUGGAGACAUUGGCUCGACGCCGCAGGUCGAAAAAGCAUUCAAUGAGACGAUCCGCGCAUUACAUUUGGAUGACCAUGAAUUAGGCACGCAAGCUUCUUCUGCCCACGACGACGCACAAUUCGAUCAAAAUCAAGAUUUCGCCUCAUACGACCAUUCCAGCCCAUUCCGCGUCGCCCCAAGCGAGAGCGAUCUCUUCCAUCUGACCCCCGAUCACAACGAUUCCCAGGACUUUGACAAUGUGAUGGAUAACAGUGAUCCUGCUCCCGUCGACCUCGAGCCUUUCGACUUCGACGAAACGAUGGACGCUGGGGAUCGUGGGGAUGAUUUUGGCGGUAUGACUUAUCAAAAAUUCUCGAUUUAUCGGGCG